UAAUAAUUCAUGGAACAGAAGGUGUUGUUAGUCUUCCAACUCAUUUUUGGGCUCCAACUCGAAUUGUAUUACCAAAUGGUCAUCAUGUUGAUCAUCAUUUACCUGAAACAAUUAGAAAAACAAAUUUUGUGCAUUCAGCUGGUCUUCGUUAUGAAGCAAUUGCAUGUCGUGAUCAAAUCAUGAGUGGAAAAACUGAACAUCCACUGAUGACACUUGAAAAUUCAUUACAAAUAGCUCGAAUUGUUGAAGAAGCUCGAAAACAAAUUCUUUCUUCCAAGCAUUAA